AGCAGGCAGUGGAAGAGGGAGGGCAGAAGAAGGAGGGUGAGAAAAAAAAAAAAAAGACAGAAAGGGUGAGUGAGUGUUGCACAGAAAGAGUGGGAGGAAGCGAGUGCUGUAGUUUAGCCCGAACUCUCUGCGAAGCUGCUGUCGACAGGAAAAGAAGUUUGACUCCCGGUGACGCUGACUGAGCCACUCGGUUGUUGUUAGCCACCCUCUGUACGGCGUCCUGCACCCUACAAGCAGCAACCAUGUCAGACGCAGACAAGUUCCUGUAUGUGGACCGCAAUAUGGUCAACAACCCACUGGCACAGGCGGACUGGGCCACCAAGAAGCUGGUAUGGGUGCCAUCGGAGCGCCUGGGCUUUGAGGCCGGCUCAGUGAAGGAGGAGCGCGGCGAUGAGUGUGUGGUGGAACUGACGGACUCUGGUAAGAAGAUCAAGGUGAACAAGGAUGACAUCCAGAAGAUGAACCCCCCCAAGUUCAGCAAGGUGGAAGACAUGGCAGAGCUCACCUGUCUGAAUGAGGCGUCUGUGCUGCACAACCUGAAGGAACGAUACUACUCUGGCCUCAUUUAUACAUACUCUGGCCUCUUCUGUGUCGUCAUAAACCCCUACAAGAACCUGCCCAUCUACUCGGAGGACAUUGUUGAUAUGUACAAGGGCAAGAAAAGGCAUGAAAUGCCACCUCAUAUUUACGCCAUCACUGACACAUCUUACAGAAGCAUGAUGCAGGAUCGUGAAGACCAGUCCAUUCUCUGCACAGGUGAGUCUGGUGCUGGAAAGACGGAAAACACCAAGAAGGUCAUCCAGUAUCUGGCUCAUGUGGCCUCCUCUCAUAAGACCAAGAAAGAUCAGAGCUCGUUCCUGUCACAUGGGGAGCUGGAGAAACAGCUCCUGCAGGCUAACCCCAUCCUAGAAGCCUUUGGAAAUGCCAAGACAGUCAAAAAUGACAACUCUUCCAGAUUUGGAAAAUUUAUCCGGAUCAACUUUGAUGUCAAUGGUUACAUCGUUGGUGCCAAUAUUGAAACUUACUUGUUGGAAAAAUCCCGUGCCAUUCGCCAGGCCAAAGAUGAGAGGACCUUUCAUGUCUUCUACUACUUGCUCACUGGGGCUGGAGACAAAUUGCGCAAUGAACUCCUCCUUGAAAAUUACAACAACUACCGUUUCCUUUCCAAUGGGAAUGUCACAAUUCCUGGGCAGCAGGACAAGGACCUGUUUGUCGAGACCAUGGAGGCCAUGAGGAUCAUGAGUAUCCCAGAGGAUGAGCAAAUAGGUUUGCUGAAGGUGGUGGCGUCUGUACUGCAAAUGGGGAACAUGAGCUUCAAAAAGGAGCGACACACAGACCAAGCCUCCAUGCCUGACAACACGGCGGCUCAGAAGGUUUGCCACCUCAUGGGCAUGAAUGUCACAGACUUCAGCAGAGCCAUCCUGACACCAAGGAUUAAGGUGGGCCGAGACUAUGUCCAGAAGGCCCAGACUCAGGAGCAGGCCGAGUUUGCUGUGGAGGCCUUGGCCAAGGCCACGUAUGAAAGGAUGUUCCGCUGGCUCGUCAUGAGAAUCAACAAAGCCCUGGACAAGACCAAGAGGCAAGGAGCCUCCUUCAUCGGCAUCCUGGAUAUUGCUGGUUUUGAGAUCUUUGAGCUGAACUCGUUUGAGCAGCUUUGUAUCAACUACACCAACGAGAAGCUGCAGCAGCUCUUCAACCACACCAUGUUCAUCCUGGAGCAGGAGGAGUACCAGAGGGAGGGCAUCGAGUGGAGCUUCAUCGACUUCGGCCUCGACCUGCAGCCCUGCAUCGACCUGAUUGAGAAACCUGCCAGUCCCCCUGGUAUUUUAGCGCUGCUGGAUGAGGAGUGCUGGUUCCCCAAGGCCACAGACAAGAGCUUUGUGGAGAAGGUGCUGCAGGAGCAGGGAACACACCCAAAGUUCUUUAAACCCAAGAAACUGAAGGAUGAGGCUGACUUCUGUAUCAUCCAUUAUGCUGGCAAGGUGGACUACAAGGCAGACGAGUGGCUGAUGAAGAAUAUGGACCCCUUGAAUGACAAUGUGGCGACUCUGCUCAACUUGUCCACUGAUAAGUUUGUCUCUGAGCUGUGGAAGGAUGUGGACCACAUUGUGGGUCUGGAUAAGGUGACUGGCAUGUCCGAGAUGCACGGUGCCUUUAAGACACGUAAGGGCAUGUUCCGCACAGUGGGCCAGCUGUACAAGGAGCAGCUAUCUAAGCUCAUGGCCACAUUGAGGAACACAAACCCAAACUUUGUUCGCUGCAUCAUCCCAAACCACGAGAAAAAGGCUGGUAAACUGGACCCACAUCUGGUUCUGGACCAGCUGAGGUGUAAUGGUGUGCUAGAGGGCAUCCGUAUCUGCAGACAGGGCUUCCCUAACCGCAUUGUCUUCCAGGAGUUUAGGCAGAGGUAUGAAAUCCUCACUCCUAACGCCAUCCCCAAGGGUUUCAUGGAUGGAAAGCAGGCCUGUGUUCUCAUGAUCAAAAGCCUGGAGCUGGAUCCGAACCUGUACCGCAUGGGCCAGAGUAAAGUGUUCUUCAGGGCUGGUGUCCUUGCUCACCUGGAGGAGGAGAGAGACAUGAAGAUCACAGACAUCAUCAUUAGCUUCCAGGCCUGGUGUAGAGGCUACGUGGCCCGCAAGGCUUUUACCAAGAGACAGCAGCAAUUGACUGCAAUGAAGGUGAUCCAAAGAAACUGUGCUGCUUACCUUAAACUCAGGAACUGGCAGUGGUGGAGACUCUUCACCAAGGUGAAGCCUCUCCUGCAAGUCAGCAGACAAGAGGAGGAGUUGCAGGCCAAGGAUGAUGAACUGGUUAAGGUGAAGGAGAAGCAUAUUUAUGCCGAGCAGCGACUUCAAGAGCUGGAGCAGAAGCAACAGCAGAUCUCUGCUGAGAAGAUGGCUCUACAGGAGCAGCUCCAAGCAGAGACUGAGCUCUGUGCUGAAGCAGAAGAGAUGAGAGCCCGUCUGGCUGCCAGGAAGCAGGAGCUGGAGGAGAUUCUCCAUGACCUGGAGGCCCGUGUGGAGGAGGAGGAGGAGCGUGCCUCUCAUCUGACAUCAGAGAAAAAGAAGAUGCAGCAGAAUAUUAGUGACCUGGAGCAGCAACUGGAUGAGGAGGAGGCAGCCAGACAGAAACUUCAGCUGGAGAAGGUCACUUUGGAGGCCAAGAUGAAGAAGAUAGAGGAUGAUGUUAUGGUUCUUGAUGAUCAGAACAACAAACUUAACAAGGAGAAAAAGUUGUUGGAAGAGAGGAUCUCGGAGUUCACCACCAACCUGGCAGAGGAGGAAGAAAAGUCCAAGAGCCUGCAGAAACUCAAGACCAAACACGAGGCCAUGAUUACAGACCUGGAGGACCGCCUGCGCAGGGAGGAAAAGCAGCGUCAGGAGUUGGAGAAGAACAGACGUAAACUUGAGGGUGACUUCACUGACACACAUGACCAGAUUGCUGAGCUGCAGGCCCAGAUUGCUGAGCUCCGUGCCCAACUAGCCAAAAAGGAGGAAGAGCUCCAGGCGGCUCUGGCCAGGAUUGAGGAGGAGGCAGCGCAGAAGAACCUGGCCCAGAAAAAGAUCCGUGAACUGGAGGCUCAGCUGUCUGAACUGCAGGAGGAUUUGGAGCUUGAGAGGCAAGCUCGAACCAAGGCAGAGAAACACCGCAGAGACCUGGGAGAAGAGCUGGAGGCCCUCAAGACUGAGCUCGAGGACACUCUGGACUCCACUGCCGCCCAGCAAGAACUGAGGAGUAAGCGUGAAACUGAGGUGGCACAUCUUAAAAAGACUCUGGAUGACGAGGCCAAAGUCCACGAACAGCAGCUGGCUGAUAUGAGACAGAAGCACAGUCAGGCCUUUGACGAGCUCAACGAGCAGCUGGAGCAGGCUAAGAGGACCAAAGUGUCAGUGGAGAAGGCCAAGCAGGCUCUGGAGUCGGAGAGGAACGAGCUGGCCAUUGAGCUGCAGACACUGAUGCAUGGUAAAGGAGAAUCCGAACACCGUAGGAAGAAGGCUGAAGCCCUGGUCCAGGAGCUGCAGCUCAAAUUUUCUGAGUGUGAGCGCCAGAGGGUGGAGCAGGCUGAGAAACUCACAAAAGUGCAGGCUGAACUGGAAAAUGUCAACUGCGUGCUGAGUGAUGUGGAGGGGAAAUCCAUCAAAGCAACCAAAGACUGCUCUGCCGUGGAGUCGCAGCUACAGGAUGUUCAGGAACUACUGCAAGAAGAGACGCGCCACAAACUGUCCCUGGGUACGCGUAUGCGCCAGCUGGAGGAUGAACAGAAUAACUUGAGAGAACAACUGGAGGAAGAAGAAGCAGCCAAGAAGAAUGUGGAGAAGCAGCUUCAAACUGUGCAGGCUCAGCUUGCUGAAAUGAGAAAGAAGGUGGAGCAGGAGACAGGGUCGCUGGAGACUGCCGAGGAGGGAAAGAAGAGAUAUCAACGCGAACUUGAGGCAACAAACCAGCGUCUGGAGGAGAAAUGUGCUGCCUACGACAAGCUGGACAAAACCAAGACACGUCUCCAGCAAGAGCUGGAUGACCUGCUGGUAGAUCAGGAUCAUCUUCGACAGAUUGUCUCCAACCUGGAGAAGAAGCAGAAGAAGUUUGACCAGAUGUUGGCUGAGGAGAAGAACAUCUCUGCCCGCUAUGCAGAGGAGCGUGACCGGGCUGAAGCUGAUUCCCGCGAGAAGGAGACCCGAACUCUGUCUUUAACCCGUGAGCUGGAGUCUCUGAUGGACAUAAAGGAAGAACUGGACCGCAACAACAAACUGCUGCGGGCUGAAAUGGAGGACCUGGUAUCCUCUAAGGAUGAUGUCGGCAAGAGCGUCCAUGAGCUGGAGAAGUCUAAACGUGCCAUGGAGCAGCAGCGAGAAGAGAUGAGGACUCAGCUGGAGGAACUGGAGGACGAGCUGCAGGCCACAGAGGAUGCCAAGCUGCGUCUUGAGGUCAACAUGCAGGCCAUGAAGGCUCAGUAUGAGAGAGACCUGGCAGGACGCGAUGAGAUGGGAGAGGAGAAGAAGCGAGCAUUGGUCAAACAGGUGCGGGAGAUGGAGAUGGAGUUGGAGGAUGAGCGCAAGCAGCGCUCUGCAGCCGUGGCCUCUCGCAAGAAGCUGGAGCUGGACCUGAAGGAGCUGGAGGCGGGCAUUGACAUGGCCAACAAAAACCGCGAGGAGGCCCUGAAGCAGCUGAAGAAACUCCAAGCACAGAUGAAGGAUCUUGUCCGCGAGUUGGAGGACACUCGCAUGUCUCGGGAGGAGAUCCUUGCUCAGAGCAAGGAGACUGAGAAGAAGCUGAAGGGCAUGGAGGCUGACAUGAUCCAGAUGCAGGAGGAGUUGGCGGCUGCAGAGCGAGUGAAAAGACAGGCCCAGCAGGAGAGAGAUGAGCUGCAGGAUGAGAUUAACAACCAGGCCGCCAAGAAUGCUCAGGUUGCAGAGGAGAGGAGACGACUGGAAGCUCGUAUUGCUCAGCUGGAGGAGGAGCUGGAGGAGGAGCAGUGCAACGCUGAGCUGAUCAACGACAGGCUGAAGAAAUCAAUGCUGCAGUCCGACCAGAUGAAUGUGGAGCUGACCGCCGAGCGCAGCACCUGUCAGCGCGUCGAAGGGGCUCGCUCUCAGAUGGAACGUCAGAACAAGGAGCUGAAACUGAAGCUGCAGGAGCUGGAGGGAGCGAUCAAGUCCAAGUACAAGGCCAACAUGGCCACCCUGGAGUCAAAGAUCGUUCAGCUAGAGGAACAGCUGGACAUGGAGACCAGGGAGAGGCAGACUGCCACCAAGAUUGCGAGACGUACGGAAAAGAAGUUGAAGGAAGUCAUUCUGCAGGUGGAUGACGAGAGACGCAACACUGAGCAGUACAAGGACCAGGUCGACAAGCUGAACUCCCGUAUGAAACAGCUGAAGCGUCAGCUGGAGGAGGCUGAGGAAGAGGCUCAGAGAGCCAAUGCCAACAGAAGGAAACUGCAGAGGGAGCUGGAAGACGCCACCGAGUCAGCAGACACCAUGACCCGUGAAGUCACCACUCUGAAGAACAAGCUCAGACGUGGAGACCUCCCCUUCACCACCCGCCGCACUACUGUUCCACGUGCUGGCAUCGAGAGUGAUGAGGAGAGCGAGAACAAGAUCGAGACGCUCGAGCCCAAACCCGAAUGAGCAGCCACCACAACACUUUGAUUUGUUAGAACUGCAUCAUAAAUAGACAGAUCCAAAUACACACAAGCACACAUUACUGUACCUGCUGAACAGGGAGGAGCACACUCGACACAAAUCACGUGACACUCUUUAACAUCGACAAUCUAUGCAUUCUUAACACACUCACACACAAGUACAGACGCCAGUAAACUUGGGACAAUCACAUGCUGAUGAAUACACACGUUAUUUCCGGGCCCAAUUUUUUUUGUUUGUUUCAUUUUACAUACUCUGGGAAAAUUUAAAGAAGCAAAAAAUGAUAUUUUUAUAAGGAAACAUUCCAGUUCUGAUAGUCCUGAUCAAGGAUCUAUUUUUCUAAUUGAAGAAAGAGAAAACAAAGAAGGAUAAACAAAUGAAUACCGAUUACUGGAAGGGGACCAAAGUAAUAUCUCGAUCUAUAGAAAUGUAUUUUAUGCUGAAGUUUUUAUAAUGGUUAAGAAUGGAAGUGCUUCAUGUUUAUUACGCUUGCGCUCUUGCCUCAGUUUAUAAUGAAGGUUUAUAUGCUGAAAUGUAUUCUAUCAAUUUAGCUGCAAUUAGCACUUGAGACUAUGCUUUUGGACUUAAUAAUUUGUUACAUACAAUUCAUGUCGAAAAUUUGAGGCAAAUUUCAAGUAACGGAUCAGACUCAUUGACGCAUAUUGAAGGCAUUUGAUUGUGACUGUGCUGAAAUAUCUUAAUUUUGCACUGACAUGGUAAGGAAACUUUAGCCUCGACAUCAUUAACCACUGCAGUUGUGUGUUUAAUUGAAACGUUUAAUUGACGGAGAUUCUUUGGAAAAAAUGUGCAUGUGCUCGUGUAGCCAGCGCACACACAUGCACACACACACUAAGGCCUCAAACGCAGCAGAAUUUCCACUGGGCGGGGAUGUUGGCUUAUUUCUGGACAUGCAUUGAUUUUUAUGUUUCUCACUAUCAGUGUUUUUGUUAUGUUCAGGGUGAAGUUGAAUGGGGUGGUGGGGUAGUUAAAUACUCACAGCACACACUGUAUUCUCAGGGCACAGCUUGCUGAGGGAGACGCAGUUGAGGGUGUAACAAACCAAAGGCAGAUUAAGGAUAUGUUACUCUAACCUAUGUUCACUGUAGUCUGACUGGCCUGUAAAGCUUCACAUAGACAUGCUCAUCAGGUGAACAAGCCCAUGUCUCGAUAUCAAACCCUUAUCAGGUUGUGCCCAGGGGCAGCUUUUGGCUCACACUGCUGGAAAGUGAGAGGAAUUUGUUACCUAAAGAAUAACGGUUCAUAAGUGAAAACGAUUGCUUCUAAUGCACUUAAAAAAAAAAAAAAAGGAACUUAAAAGACAAAAGAACAUGCAUCUCCUCAUUUUUAGUAAUGUUGGUCUGAGUGCACCUCUGGAAUGGAAAUCAUGUUGUGAAAUGUUGGUAUUAUUGCAAAUAAAGAGGCUUUCUAAACUGCUA